AUGGGGCUCCGGCGGGGAAUGGUGCUGGGGGCGCUGCUGGCGGCGCUGGCGGGGAUCGGCCUGUCCGGCGCGCGGGACGAGUUCCUCAUUGGGUGGCAGGGAGAGACGUACAGGCCGGCGGACGUGUGGCGGGGGGAGCAGGCGAAGACAUUGGGCGGGCGACAGAUAGAACAGGCACCAGCUUCAGAGCCAUGGAUCGAGACGCUUUCAUGGAGACCCAGGGCUUUCCUGUACCACAGCUUCAUGACCGACGAAGAGUGCGAGCAUUUCAUACAGCUUGGUGCGCCACAGAUGAAGCGCUCCUUGGUUGUGUCCUCCUCAGGAGAUAACGGGGAGGUGUCUGACUACAGAUCCAGCUAUGGCACUUUCUUGAACCGCAUGCAGGAUCCCAUCCUCACACGCGUGGAGAGACGCCUGUCUGAGUGGACGCACCUGCCGAUGAUAAACCAGGAGGACGUGCAGAUCCUGAGAUACGGGCACGGCCAGAACUACAAGCCUCACAUGGACGUUCUGGUGGUGGAUGACGACGAUGGCAGGCGGCAGGCCACUGUGCUUGUGUACCUCUCAGACGUGGAAGCGGGCGGAGAGACGGCUUUCCCAAACACCCGCAGGCACCAUUGGGUCGACCCAGGCAACGUCGAAAGGAUGGGCAAGGUGUCGGAUUGCGCGGCUGGGCACGUGGCAGCGAAGCCGAAAAAGGGAGACGCCCUGCUGUUUUAUUCCCUGAAGCCCAACGGUGCCGAGGACUUCAUGUCCGAGCACACGGGCUGCCCUGUGGAGAACGGCACGAAAUGGACAGCAACCAUCUGGAUACAUGAAACGGCGUUCAGAGCCGACGCUUUCUAUCCCCCUCCACCGGACUGGGCGCCACAAGAUCCGGGGGCGUGCGUGGACUUCGACGAGAGAUGCCCCGCCUUGAAGGAUGAGGGCCUUUGCGAAGCUGAUGCAAUCAAUCUGAAAGGAGACCUGGUGGGGGAUGGCGCACUAGGAGUGUGCCGCAAGACCUGCGGCGUUUGCAAAGACUGCGCCCCCGACGACAGAGAGUGCUACUUGAAGAACAGGGCGGACUCUGGCUACCUGAACCUGGACCUCCAGUACCUUUGGCCCAGGCCUGGGAGCAAUCGAAAAGCCUGA